AUGCCCCAUAUUAAACAACCUUUGUUGUUUAAUAUUGAAGGAGACAAAGAAGAAGAAGAAGAGACAGAUAAAGAAGAAGAAGAUAAAGAAGAAGGCAGAGAAGAAGAAGAAGGUAAAGAAGAGACAGAUAAAGAAGAAGAAGAAGAAGAAGAAGAAGGCAGAGAAGAAGAAGAAGAAGAAGGUAAAGAAGAAGAAGAAGAAGAAGAAGAAAAAGAUAAAGAAGAAGAAGAAGAAGAAAGAGAAGAAGAUAAAGGGAGAGAAGAAGAAAAAGAAGAAGAAGAAGGUAAAGAAGAAAAAGAAGAAGAUGAUGAUGAUAAAGAAGAAGAAGAAGAAGAAGAAGGGUUUAUAAAGCUAUCAUCUCCCCAUCCAGAAGUAGAACAAAUAGUAGUUGAAUCAGACGGUGUUAUACAUUCCCUCUCUUUGCUGCUGCUGCUGCUGCUGCUGCAGCUGCAGCUGCUGCUGCUGCUGCUGCUAGACCCCCAUGAAACCCCUGACCCUCCUCCUCCUCCUCCUGCUGCUGUUGCUGCUGCUGCUGCUGUAUCCUCAGAUAGGGGGCCCCCGGGGCCCCAGGGGCCCCCCACGGUGCAGCACCAGCAGCAGCAGCAGCAGCAGCACCAGCAGCACCAGCAGCAGCAGCAGCAGCAACAGCAGCAGCAUCAGCACCACCCCCACACCAACGAGAAAUAA